AUGGCGCCUCAUGCGAACGACAGCAACGGCUUUGCCACCGGAUUGAAUGCUGCCGAGCCUCUGGCAUUCAACACCAAUGGCUUCACCGUAGAUUCACCCAACGUCGCCUACGAUGGCUCCAACAUCACCAGCAAGUACCACUAUCGUACAACCGAAAUCAAGCGUGUCGAUGGCAAAGUCUUCGCGAAGCCAAAAGACACGGUCUACAAUUUCAAGACGCAGCGUCACGUCGGCAAGGUGGGAGUGAUGCUUGUUGGUCUGGGUGGUAACAAUGGCACCACAGUGACCGCAGGUAUUCUUGCCAACCGCCGCAAGCUCGUCUGGGAUACUCGUGAAGGUCCUCGUGCGGCCAAUUACUAUGGCUCGGUCGUCAUGGGAUCAACAGUCAAGCUGGGAACCGAUGCAGAUACUGGAAUUGAAGUCAAUAUCCCCCUGCAGAGCAUGCUCCCAAUGGUACACCCGGACGACCUCGUCAUUGGUGGCUGGGACAUCAGCGGCAUGGACAUGUCCGCCGCUAUGGAUCGUGCACAGGUCCUCGAGCCUUCUUUGAAGUCCCUUGUGAGGAAAGAAAUGGCAGGCAUGAAGCCUCUGCCCAGUAUUUACUACCCAGACUUCAUUGCAUCCAACCAAGGCGAUCGUGCGGACAACAUCAUCCCAGGCUCGAAGGCUUGCAACGAGCACGUCGAGCACCUUCGUCGGGACAUUCGUGAGUUCAAGACUUCGAAUGGACUGGACAAAGUCAUUGUGCUGUGGACCGCGAACACCGAGCGCUAUGCGGACAUCAUCCCAGGAGUCAAUGAUACUGCCGAGAAUCUCAUGGACUCUAUUACCAAUGGUCAUGCAGAGGUGUCGCCAUCGACCAUGUUCGCCGUCGCAAGCAUCUUGGAGAAUGCUCCGUUCGUCAAUGGUUCUCCUCAGAACACCUUUGUGCCAGGCUGCAUCAAGCUUGCCGAGAAGCACAAAGCCUUCAUUGGUGGCGAUGACUUCAAGUCCGGUCAAACGAAGAUGAAGUCGGCCUUAGUAGACUUCCUCAUCAAUGCAGGCAUCAAGCUCACAUCUAUUGCGAGCUACAACCAUCUAGGGAACAACGAUGGCAAGAAUUUAUCCUCACAAAAGCAGUUUCGCUCCAAGGAAAUCAGCAAGUCCAAUGUCGUCGAUGACAUGGUUGCGGCGAACAACGUCUUGUACAAGAAGGACGAACAUCCAGAUCAUACGGUCGUCAUCAAAUACAUGCCAGCUGUGGGGGACAACAAGCGUGCUCUCGAUGAGUACUAUGCCGAGAUAUUCCUUGGAGGGCAUCAGACCAUCAGCAUCUUCAACGUCUGCGAAGACUCUUUGCUCGCCUCACCACUCAUCAUUGACCUUGUCUUGAUCACUGAGUUGAUGACUCGCAUUGAGUGGCGUAAGGAGGGCGAGGAGGACUACAAGAGCUUCCACAGCGUCUUGAGCGUUCUCAGCUACAUGCUCAAAGCACCACUGACGCCGCCUGGUACGCCUGUUGUGAACGCGCUCGGCAAGCAGCGAAGUGCACUUAUCAACAUCCUUCGGGCUUGCGUUGGACUGGAGCCGGAGAAUGACAUGACGCUGGAGCACAAGUUGUUUUAG